CUCGCGCAUAUAGACGAUACGCAUAGGGAUAGCAGAAAGCAAAGGUCAUCAGAUCAUCAGUCGUUUCGUGCAUCUAUCUGAUCUUGCUCAAUCGUCCUAGUCUGUCAGGCGGCUCGGGAAGCGGGUCAACCGUAACAAACAAAACAACAGGUCAACUCGUAGCCCACACCCGGCAAAUCGUGCUUGAGAUAAGCCGAUAGCUUUUGUGGGAUCGAGAAACCCAAUCGUCUGGAGGGAAUCUACAGAUAUUUCUCUGCCAAGAUGGACGCGCUCAAAGCUGUACAGACGUAUAUUAUCAAGAUGCUGGACGAAGUCAGCGGGAUGAAGGUGCUGCUCAUGGAUGCUCAUACGACUCCAAUCGUAUCACUGGCCAUGACGCAGACCGACCUGUUGCAGCACGAAGUCUACCUGAUCGACCGGAUAGACAACCCGAACCGCCAAGCUCUACCGCAUCUUUCUUGCAUCUCCUUCCUUCGGCCAUGUAGAGAGAGCAUUGAAGCUGUCAAGCGGGAGCUGGCCGGGAACGAUGUUGCACCGGGCGGACCGCCGCAUGAUGGGCCGAGAUACGGGGGAUACUGGUUAUACUUCUCCAGCGUUCUAACAAAAGGCCAGAUCGAGGAUAUGGCAACAGCGGACGAGUUCGAGGUGGUCAAGGAGGUUCAGGAAUACUUUGCGGACUAUCUUCCACAUUACCCGAGUCUCGUAACAAUGAGUGCGGCAUUGCUUGCGGACGGGAUCGACGAUCCACCAAAUCCUCCUAUCUAUCUACCUCAACCCCUAUCAAUACCUCCACCGACUCUCACACACCACACUCAGACUGUCCUCUCCCUCCUCCUGAGCCUGAAGAAAAAGCCGGUGAUACGGUGGGAGAAGAUGAGUUCAGGGGGAAAGAAGCUGGCUCAGGAGGUGAAUGCUGCCAUGAACCAACCGCCAUAUCGAGAACUCUUUGGAUUCCGACCUACCACCGGCUCUUCGCCUUUGUUGCUGAUAUUAGAUCGAAGGAACGAUCCCGUCACCCCUCUUCUGACACAAUGGACUUAUCAAGCGAUGGUUCAUGAGCUAGUCGGCAUUCACAACGGUCGGGUGACCAUCGAUUCCGAAUCCCGGACGGAUCUGAAGGACCUGGUGCUUUCAUCAGCAUCAGAUCCCUUUUACGCCGAUCAGCUCUUCUCCAACUUUGGUGAUCUUGGUGCAGCUCUUUCUUCCUACGUCCAGUCAUACCAAUCGAAAACGCAAGCGAUAACGAAUCCGCAGUCGAUCGAGACGCUGGCAGAUAUGCGACGCUUUGUCGAAGAGUACCCCGAGUUUAAGAAGCUGGGCGGCAACGUGUCCAAGCACGUCGCUUUGGUCGGCGAGUUGAGCAAGAUUACCGAGAGGGACGAUUUGUUGGCCAUCAGCGAAGUGGAACAAAGCUUGGCGAGUAAUGAGAGUCACGCGGCGGAUCUCAAGAGCGUCUUGGAACUCCUAUCUUCACCCAAAACGCCUAACAGCAAUAAGCUGCGGCUGGCUAUCCUUUAUGCGUUGAGAUACCAAAAGUUUUCAGGCAAUUCAAUCGCGGGAGUGGUGGACUCCUUGAUCCAGAAUGGAGUCUCGGCGGACAGAGCACGACUUGUCUACGUCAUGCUCAAUAUGGCAGGGGCGGAUCAACGGCAAGACGACCUUUUCAUGAACGAGAACAUCUUUUCCAGAGGGAAAAGCGCGCUCAAGGGGUUAAAGGGAGUCGAAAAUGUAUACACCCAACAUACUCCACACCUUUGUCAGACCUUAGAUCUUUUGCUAAAGGGACGGCUAAGGGAGACGAGUUACCCGUUUGUUGAAGGCGACGAGCACGCCAGGACCCAGCGCCCGCAGGACAUCAUCAUCUUCAUGCUCGGAGGGACGACGUACGAGGAGUCACGAGCGGUCGCCCUGCUCAAUCAGCAACUGGCGGGACAGGCCAGGAUACUACUCGCUGGUACGAGUGUACACAACUCGAAAUCGUUCUUGGACAUGAUGGGCGACUCUGCUCUACACCACUCUCCCAGUGUCUAUGCAGCACCUAGCGGUGUCGCAAACGCGACGUCACUCGCCAGUAAUCCUGGUUCAACACCUCAGGAAGCCGCAGCUAGCUCGAGCGUAGCACCACCGAAUAACACUUCGGGCAUCAACUUGCGUGCGGGAGGGUACGAGAUCUCGGUUGGCGGUGCGGCUGGUUCAGGCCUGUAUCGAGCGAGUGGAACCAAUUCGAACGAAAUCGGAGCGAGUUUCCAGAUAGACGGCUUGCGAGAUGGAGCGAGGAACUUCUUUGGUAAUCUCAGGGAGAGGGUGGGCGAGACGGUGCAGCGAGUAGGAUCGCCGAGAGCGGAGUGAGCCGGGAGAGUGGCCUGGUAUCCCUGUAGUCUUGCCCUUUCGACUUUCGAGAUUCUUCUUGUAUACCCGCUUUUUCGUUCGGUUGUACUGCAUACCCA